UCCAAAUGAUUGGUUCUAAAUUAAUUUUUGGGAAAUAAUUAGCAAACGUAUUUGUAUAUUCAAUUGACUCCUAUAUAAGGUGAUGCAAUGGGAGGAAUUAAGAUCGCAUGUAUAAUAAUAACAGAAUUGAAUAUUAUUAAGGAUAUACUAGCUAGGGUCCUUCAUGUCUCCUUCUCCUCCUACUGCUUUACUUGUUCUACUGCUAGUGUUUGCCGCCGUCGUCUGCAACGAAACUACGCAUGCCUCAGCUUUGAAUGCUACUACUAACAUGGGAGUGUCGCCGCAAAAGGUGGAGAGGAUUCAAAGAUACUUGGAGAAGAUAAAUAAACCUGCUGUAAAAUCCAUUAAAAGCCCAGAUGGAGAUAUCAUUGACUGUGUUCUUAUGAACAAGCAACUAGCUUUUGAUCAUCCUCUUCUGAAGAAUCACAAGAUUCAGAGAGUAGCACCCAACAGGCCGGCUUUGCGUUCCGAAGCCGCCAACCAACAGCCGAGAAAUGAAACCGCGAGCAGGGCUUGGCAGGCAUGGAACCAUGUCGAAAACUGCCCCGUCGGAACGGUGUCGGUACGGAGAACGACGGUGGAGGAUGUGUUGCGAGCCGGAUCUUUGUCUCGCUUCCUCAGAAAGAAAGUUCUUAAACGUAUUGCUAGCGAGCCUUACACGGGCCAUGAGUACGCAGUAGCUUAUGUCGACCAGCAACAAGCGUAUGGGACUAAGGCCAUAAUCGACGUCUGGGAUCCAUCUGUCGAAUUCUCUAGUGAGUUCAGCCUUUCCCAGAUCUGGCUUAUCGCAGGAUCGUACGAGAACGAGGAUCUCAACACCGUCGAAGUUGGAUGGCAGGUACUCGGUGGGAGCAGCGCACCCAGGCUAUUCAUCUACUGGACAAGGGAUGCAUAUGCCAGUACAGGGUGCUACAACUUGGUCUGCCCAGGAUUUGUGCAAACAAACAACCAAGUAGUACUCGGAGGAGCGAUAACCUCAGUAUCGACAUACAAUGCCACCCAACGUGAAAUUACCCUUCUUGUGCGGAAGGAUCCGAAUAGUGGCAAUUGGUGGCUUAGCUAUCAAAAUAUUGAUGUUGGUUACUGGCCAGCUGAGAUCUUCACGCACCUCGCGAGCUACGCCACUUUGGUGGAAUGGGGUGGAGAGAUCGUGAACGACGAUGUCAACGGGCAACACACGACGACCCAGAUGGGUUCGGGCCACUUCGCGGAGGAAGGGUACCGAAAGGCCAGCUACUUCCGCAAUGUCGAGGUCGUAAAUUCCACUAAUGCCCUCAGCUCACCCCAGUCCGUCAGCACCAUUGCAGGGAACCCCAACUGUUAUGAUAUUCAGACCUUCUUCAACGCGAGCUGGGGGUCGUAUUUCUUCUACGGUGGCCCAGGCAGAAACCCUGAGUGCCCUUAAUGCGAGAAUUCAAAAUACUACACUCUCCUACUGAAAAAUGUUAUCCAUGCUCCUUUAAAAGGAGGAAGUUUUCCUCCCUUUUGUCUUUCCUAAAAUAACUAAUUACAAAUGAAAUAUAAUGUCAAAAAUGAUAUUAUGAUCUUAUCUUUUCGAUUUGAGUUA